CAACUUUUCCAACGGAUGUCUUCGGGUAAAUAAAGCAUUGUAAAACAACUAUCAAAGACCUAUUUAAAACUAUCAAAUCUCUAUUUAAAACUAACAAAGCUCUAAGAAACAAAAAAAAAAACAACCACCAUUUUCCAUUAACUACGAACAAAGAAUCCAUUGUAUCAUUUCCAAACAGCUCAUUAAAAUCUUGUGUUUCUACUUUGACACUGUCAUAAAUAUUUCAGCAAGAACUUUGUUUUCAUUUUAAUGUCUUAAAAAACAAAACAAAAAAAAAAACCAUUCGUCCUCAAAGGUGAAAAAUCUCUUCAUGAAAUCUAUGUCGUCUUUGGUCUCGACCUCACUGCAGCAGCGGUUGGCCAUCCGCCCCGACCCCGGCGGGCCAAUCAUGUGCAAGAUUUGUGGGAAGAUGUUCUCUAGCCAGAGCAGCCUCAGCACACACAAGAGGAUCCACACAGGGGAGCGACCUUAUAGAUGUUCCUCGUGCGGAAAAAGUUUCACCCAAAUUGGGACCCUGAGAACGCAUGAGAGGAUACACACAGGAGAGAAACCCUAUAUCUGUAAGGUGUGUGGGCGGACGUUUGCCCAAAGCGGAAGUUACCGGAUGCACGAGCGACGUCACAUGACCGACACCAUCCAGCGCUGCCACAUCUGCUACGCGACCUUCACCACCUGGCAGGAUCUGCAGAGACACAUGGCGUCACACCCACAGGUGACGCAGGCGAUUCUAGAAUUCGAAGAAGGCAACCAGGGCAUCAUUGACCGCUUGAGUUCCGGCGAUCUCGGUGGUCAGCUCGGCGACGGAAGCAUCGGUCAGCUCGGCCAUCCUGAUAACGAUGGCCAAGGUCACGGCCACGGCAUGCUACCAGGUGAUACACGAGACAUGGGCGUCCCCCACCCCAGGUGUCCCCCUCCUCCCCUUAUACCUGAAUCUCUUCUCCUGGAGUCCGAGGCGGCAGCAUUUCACGUACAAUCUCAAGGCCUCUACCACUCCCCGGGCCAGCUGCCACCCUUCUCCUCCAUCCUCCCCUUCCGUCACCACCCCGGCGGUCCCCCGGCGUUCCCACCCACCUUCCCAUCGGCCCUCGGCCUGCUCGGAACCCAAUCACUUCCGGUCACGUCACACGCCGACCUACUGACCAAACACUCCUUCUUCGGCGCAAUGCUGGGCGGACCCCAGAUGAAGCACGACGCCCUGUCGAAGCUGUCGCCCACCUACUCCCCGCAGCAACAACAGCAAUUGCAACAGCACCACCUACAGCAGCACCAACUCCACCAGGAGCAGCAGCAGCAGCACCUCAAACAGCAGCACGACAACAGCAUUAACGACGGCACCGACGUGGUCAGCACCACCUCCGCUGCCAAGCGGACGGACGCGGAGCCGCGCGCCAACAGCCGGACGUACACGCCGGAGGAGCGCUCUGACACGGAGACCCUGGCCAACCUGAAGGACGACAAGGCCAGCCCGCCCUUUACGCGGAGCGUGUCCAGUGACGAAUGCGUCCCCAGCCCGGACGAGAACCACAUGGAGCAGAACGGGGACGAGGACCUGCCGCCACACGAUCACGAGAUGGCCGACAACGACAACGACGACGACACUGAUAUUGAUGAAAGAUACAGCAACGACCGCGGCGGGUACUCGAUGAGUUCCAGACGGUUCAGCCAUAACGAGGAGCGGGAGAGGGACCGAGAGCGGGAGAGAGACAGAGAGAGGGAACGAGAAAGAGACAGGGAUAGAGAGAGAGACAGGGAGAGGGAUAGAAGCGAUCGAGGGUUCAGAUCUCGGAAACGAAGCAGAAGUUUCGAGAAAGAGAGACGGGAGAGCUUGAAAGAGAGGAACCCGUCAGGGGGCAACAACUCCGGCAGCCAAAGCAAGGGCGGCAACCGCGACAUGGAAUACUCCCAAGACGACGACCCGGAGCGCGAGGGCGACUACGACCACGACACGGACCGAGGCUACGACCACGACCGCAGCUACGACCAAGGUCACAGCGGCCGCAGCAGCCGGAACAGCGUGAGCCGGCACGAGCAGAGCUUCGACCACAACGCCGGAAAAGAAGACGACGCGGUGCCGGCCGGCAACAAGACCGGCGCCGGCAACACGGACAACUCGGACCUGAGACCGCCCAAACGGCUCAUCGAACGGCAAAACCUCAACACCCGCAUGAUCCCCUCGUCUUCCUCCAGGAAACAGCGCCACCCCAUGCGCAGGUUCAGCAGCGCGGGGAGCGAACAGGAAUCCCCUCAGUCGACCUCCAGCCUCCCCGUCAGCUCAACCACAGUCGAGGCCAUCGAGCGUGGCGACCUUGACGAUAACGAACUCGUGACCUUCCUGCUGACGAAAGGUCGCGUGCACAAGUGUGUUCACUGCCACAUGAUAUUCAAGGACGCGUCCCUCUUCCUCCUGCACAAUGGCUUCCACGCGCACGAUGAGCCGUUCCGCUGUGUCGUCUGCGGCUCCGUGUGCAAGGACCGCAUCGACUUCAACUGUCACCUGACCAGUCAUAUAAAAUGACUAAAUUCGAAAACGGUAGCAAAGAACGAUUAACUCAACGACCGUACUCUUCCAAAAAAAGAAAACAAAAAAUAUCCUCUCCCCCACCCAACAAAUCUUUGUUGUUUAACCAUGACAGUUGUUGUUUGAAUAACAUUUGAAGUCUCAAGGGCAGACAACCUACGACCAAAGCCAUAACCCAUCCGGUUAUAUAUAGGGCACCAUGCUUUUAUUAUGACAUCAUAUCUUCCAAUAGUUACAAACUUAUAGACAAUAAAACUUCUCACUCGUUAUUGUGGUAUUGGACUUGCUUCUUAACAACAACAAAACAAGAUGGCCGCGACCUAUUUAAAAAAAAAACGGACCAUAUUUUUUUGUGAUUAUUUUUUUCUCCUACGAAUGAUAAAACUUUUGCUUGAUAUUUCAUUCUAAAGUAAACAAUGGGGGAAAAAAUGUAUUUUAAAUCGGAAAGUAAAACCAAAAAGAAUGAAUACCACCGUGAGAGGUUCAAAGAGCCAUCAAUAGCAGACGAUAGUCGUGGAUAAAUGUUAGGUGUUGUUGGACCUAGUCUUAGGUGUAGUGUGUGACUUGUGAUCAUGGUUUUCGUUUUUUUUUUUUCAUUCAUUCUUGUUGGUUACUUGAGUCAACGUGUCAGACGAGCGUUGAUUGGUUCAAUCCAGGGUCAAGGGUUACACUUUUUAAAACAUGUCUUUCUGACAUACGUGUGGUUAAUAUAACCUAGUUUAUAAAUUUUGUAUAAAAAUGUUAUAUAAUAGUGUAUUUAAAAUUACAUUUCAUUUUCAGUUUUAGGUAAAAAAAUUAAUUUUCAAGUGGUCCAAAUUAAUUAAUUAAUUUAAUAUUACAAGAAACGAAAUUUCAUAAUAAAAAGUGUAAUAUUUUUUUCCGAUAACAUUGUAUUCGGAAGAAAAACAACAUAAUUCGUUGUUUCUUAAAUUGAUAUUGUUACCUUUUUUUUUUAUUAUUCUUUCGAUCAUUGUCACAUUUUAAAAAAUCUCUGUGUACAAAUCAAUAAAUAUUUAACCAACAUUGUGUACAUUUUAAAUAUACACCACGACGAUUUUCAUUACUAGUUGUACAUUGAUUACUAUUUUACUGAACUCGAUGUUUGCUAUAUAUUUUGUCUAUCUUUUUUAAACAGCUCUUUGGUGUGAAUCUCACUUCAUAUUUUGUUCACCUCUGCAUUGAAUCACCAUAUCACGUUGUUUGUUAGUUCAUGGACCAAAAUUAAAUGACGUAGAAUUACACAUUUACCAAUUACAUGUUACAAAAUCAUCCAUUCUUAUGUUUAUGAACUUUAACCCGUGAUUACAUUUGUUCCCUAUAAACAUUUUUUUCUUUAUCUCAGUCAGGUUUAUCUUUUUAAAAUUUCUUCUAGGUUUCACUUAAAUACAGCAAUGUCAAAGAUAGGUUUAAUAAACAUGUAGGCCCAUAUACGCUAUAUUUUUAACUGUCGAUUAUUCUAUCUAUGAAACUAAUGCUGGACAAUAUGUUGAAGGAAACCACAAGAAAUUAACACUUAGUUCAUAAUUCAACUUACUCAUAGAUAAAAUUAGGUAAUAUGUUAUUAUUAUAAUAGAUCGUGGACGUAUCAUUGAACAAAAAUAAGACAUUCUAGCCCUACCACCCUAAACCACAUAAGGGUAUAUUUUAUUUCAUCCGCCCGCCACAUAGAAAUUUUAAUUUUUUGUUUUGUUUUUAGAAAAUGACUUUUCUUUUCAAACAGUUGUUAAGCCCUAAUAAAAAUAAUAUAAAGUGUUAAAGCCGUUGGAAACAAAAACCAAUGUAUCAACAGUUGUAAACAUUUUGGGAAAUAAAGACGAAAAGAUAAUUAAAACAUUGCCCUGAGCUACCCCCGUAUAAACAAUGUAACAGAACAUAACAAAAACGAAAAACUAUCACCUCAUUUGUUAUAGGCCUAUAAUGUAUGCACAAUCCCGUGUAACGGUAAAUAUGAUUAUAGGAGAAUAUAUUUAAUUCUUAUAUUCAGUAAUCCAAUAAAGCAAGAAAAAAAAUAUUUUUUUGAUUAUAUAAAUUUGAUAGGCACCUCCUGUUUUUUUUGUUCGUAAAAUAAAAUCUUUUAAAAAUGUCCAGCUAUCGAUUAUUUAAUCAGAACAAGACACAUGUCAGAAGCAGGCAGCAGGCGUACAUGUCUUGGGCGGGAACUAGGCGGAGAGAAGACCUACAUGCCCUACACUCCAUGUUCCCUUCGAUUGUCCUCACAAAAAUUGGAUCUCAUUUUGCCAUUCAAAUAUACACUCUCGGACGAGCAAAAAAAUGUAUUUGAAAGCAUCUCGAAUUCCUAGUUAGUUUCGAAUAAUGCAUUAAUGUUUUUUAGAUUAGUGCUAGCACCUCUGGCGAAAAUUCGAAUGCUCGAACGUAAAUUUCAUUAUUUAUCCCCCCCCCCCUUCCUCACACUUAAACACAUGCUAUAAACUCCAAGUAAAGAAUUGCAACAGAACGCACUCAGAGACUUCAAAUCCUUUCGGACACAAGGCCGACAACUCUUAACUUUUGUUUACGUCAUGGGUCACAUUUUUGUGCCUAGCAAUUAAAAUCUGGGAUCCACUGUUUAUCGCGCCCAUGUUACUAUAUUUAUAUAUAUACUGCCAAAUCUGCCCAAGACGGUAUACGUACACCUGCUUCUUACUGUGAAUACUUUACCAAUAGACACGGAUUCUGCCUAGUGCGCGAAUUUUUUUUGUUCAAAUAAAAACGUGAAAUUUAACUAGUCUACACAAAAUGUCGAGUUAGAACGUUUUAAAACAAAACACAAACCAUAAAUAAAACUCAUACGUGAAUAGGGUUGCCAGAUACCUUUUCCGA